GACUUACAUUUUGUUCGAGAGGGGGAGAAUGGCAGGCCGACGUCCUUUCACUGCUUUGCUUUUGGUCUUGUCGUUGAUCCUUUUGAUCACGUUAGCAGACGUGGCUGAGGCAAAAAACAAACUUCGUCCUAGUGAAUGCAAGCCAAGAUGUACGUAUAGGUGCUCGGCAACAUCACACAAGAAGCCGUGCAUGUUCUACUGCUUAAAGUGUUGCGCCAAAUGCUUGUGCGUACCAGGGGGUGUUUAUGGCAAUAAGCAAAAAUGUUCUUGCUACAACAACUGGAAGACCAAAGAAGGAAGACCCAAGUGCCCUUGAUUUUUGUUAUAUCUCAAAGUUAACAGGGGUUUAAUUGACAGUUUUACAAAUUGAAGGGGCUAACUGUUUUAUUUUUCA